ACUACCACAACAGCCUAGUUCACGGUUCUUAAUCACCAUUCACAACACAAUAUUUGUUAUUUUCCCGUUGUCGACAGAAGCAUUUCGCUGGUCGUACUCGCGGUAGUACUGUAGUAUAUAAUUUUUCUCGAUAAUCGUCUGCUCAUGUUAUAAUUUCAUACGACGACGGCAAAAACGAUUACUACAAGGCAGCAAUUGUGGUGGUUUAGAUAUUUCUGCUAUCCGUUUUCACCCCGUUUGCUGACGGAACCACAUACGAUCGCGCGCCCACUCGAGCCCAGCGCCUAGAACCACCCGCCCACGCAUAAGCGCGCUCUUCGAUCAUGUCUAUGGGAGAUAAAGUCACAAAUCUUUGGAAAAGAGCCAGCGAUGAAGGUGAAAAUAGGGAUGAAAUUCCUUGGCACUUAAAAUAUGGUAGUAGAACAUUAGGAACAUUUGCAGGCGUUGUCAAUUUAUUCACUGGUAUUUGGAAUGGACUAGGAUUAAUUUUUUUAAACACAGAUUGUUUAUUUGGUGGAAUUUUACAACUACUACUUGGUAUUUUACUUAUUGCGUUAGAAGCACCUUUUCUUUGUGUAUUUAUUGAUUAUAUGCAGAAAGUCAGUGAUGUUGCUGAAAAUAAACCUUACUGGACUAGAGCUAUUGUUUAUGUUGGGUUAUCAUUAGUACCAAUGCUUCUAUGUUUUGGUCCAAGUACAUUAAUAGCCAGUGCUUUAGUAUUUUGUACUGGUUUAUUGUAUGGUCUCAUGUCAGUUGGGAAAAAAGGAUCUAGGGAAGACAUGGGAGCUAUUGCUUCUCCUGUUGAUAAUGUUUCUCAACCCAUGGGCGGACAUCACACAACUUUAAUGGAAGAUCCAGAUGUGUGGCGUCCCACUUAAGGCAAACUGAACUAGAUUUUUAAAGUGGCACCAGCAGAACAAAUGAAAACUACAGCAUCCACAUUAGAGCCAUGAAACAUGUAUAACAUUAGUGGAAUAUAUAAUAUUUAUUUAUAUAUAACCAACCCAACCUUAGAAUUCACUAAAACCAAUUAAAAAUAAUUUAUUGGUUCCCUAGUGAUUUUAUUACAAUCACUAUCCACAUGCAUUCCAAUAUACUGUGGUCUCCUAACUGAUGAUACUCAUUUAUCUAUGGUAAUCAGGUCCAGCAAAAUUAUUUAAUUAAUUCAAUAUGUAUCUCUUAAUAGAUAAAUUGAUGUUCAUUAAUGGUAUUCCUCUACUUUUCACCCCAUUCAAUUGUAUAAUAGAUUUUCACUUAAAUAUCUAAAAACCUCAAAUAGGAUAAUCUUUAUAUUUAUUCAACUCUUACAAUUUAAUCUUAUUGCAUGCCAUUAAUGUAUAUUAAUUUAGUUGUCAUGUUUUAAAAUAAUUUUUAAUCGAGUAUUGAAAU